AUGAUGACUGAAGAAAUUAAUGUUGGUUCCCAACUAAAUCAUCAAACAACAAUUAAUGGCUACCAAAUUAUGGAACAAGAUAAUGUAGCAAAUGGUCAAGUAGAACAGAUAUCUAAGUUUCUAUCGGAAUGUCCAGAAGCUGCACUUAAUGUACACAAGUAUCUUCAGAAAAAAUAUUCAAAUCAACAACAAAAAUUCAAUCAACCGGUUAAUUCAACACCGAAACGUGGUCAUCCUUUAGAUGACAGCGGAGGUUCAACUAAUAAUGGAAGUAGUCAUCGAAAAUUUCAACGGAAAGGAAUUAACAGCAAUGAUCAAAGAAACACGGACAACGGACAACAAAUAAAUACUUAUCAGCAGCCUCAACCACUAAUGUCACAACUGGCACUAAAGGAAGGUCAACAACAACAAAAAAUAACCGAAGAUUCUUCUAAGAAGAAGCAAGUUCCAUUUGAACAGUUGAAACACGCUGUUUCAUCAAAUUUACCAUGUUUUCUUGUUGAAUUUAAUUCUGAUGCGAAUCAUAAUAACAUUCCAUCAGCUCUUCAUGCAAGUGAUUUUAUUUUUAAGGAACUAAAAUCUAAUGGCAUCUCAAUAGAUCGUUUUUCACUAGUUGGAUGGGCAGGGAAAAGGUUAAAGUUGGGUGUUAAUAAUAAAGUAGAUUAUGCCACACUUAUGGAGACGGAUAAAUGGUCAACGGAAAUAAAUGGAAUUAAUAUAGUAGUUGUUAAGCCAAAGUAUACACCGGACUCAUUUGCUCUAGUAGUUCGAUAUAUCCCUAGAGAUUUAGAAGACAAUUUUGUUGCAAAUGAAAUAAAACGGACAAUUGCAUCUGCGGAUCGAAUUAAACGGAUUCAUUAUGCUUACCAAAGGAAAACAGAUGAUUACCGAUUCGACGUAAAAAACUAUAGUGAAUAUAAUGCAGCAUUACAAUUAGGUCGAAUUGCAAUUGGUCAUUCAUGGUUAUCAUGUUGGUGUAUCGGUCAUUUAAGAGCCAAAUGUGAUUCAACAAGUAAAUGUCGGGUAUGUCUGGAAAAUCUUAACGUCAAUAUCACACAUAUAUGUAAAAAUGAAUUUAAAUGUGCACAAUGUGAUGGUAAUCAUCACUCACUGGACAAUCAAUGUCAAAUUAUACACGAGUACAAACAUCGAUUAAAAGAAGAUGUUGAAGUCGCGAUCAAAAAAGGGUUAAUUCAUCGAUCAGAACCUAUAGAAAAAUGUACGUCCUUCGAACUACGUGAACAAGAUUUUCCAGCAUUGAUCAAUAGUAAUAAGCAAGUUAAUUAUAAAUGGGGUACUCAACAAUUACGUAUAACUAGUGAUUCCAAUUCUUUAAAUGUAUUAGACUCAGAAAAAACAAUGGGCACUAUUAAUGAUAAAUUGACGACACUUAUCGACAGUAACAAACGAAUAGAGAAAAAAGUUGAUCAACAAACUAUUGAUAUAAACAUGGUUGCUCUGGACACUCAACUACAUCAAGCAGUUUUAGUCGACACUAUCGAAAUUAUGAAAGAUUUUUUACAAAAUUUUAUUCCGGCAUUGUUAACCUCCGGAAAAGCUGAAAGAUUAACAUUGAUGCCUCUAACACAACGGUUUUUUAAUCGAUUUCAUGAUUCAGCUUCAAGAUUAAAUGAAGGUUUUCAACUCAAUCGUCAAAUUUCACUAACUCAAGCAGCUACUAAUCGCAUCGCCGAUCUUGCAACAACAGCCGAAUCAUUAUCAAGAAUUACACAGCCAUCAAAUUCACGCUCAUCACAAAAUAAUAAGUAG